CUUUUCCGGAGGUUUCGGCGACUGUAACUGUCGAGCCCUCUGCUGCAGCUUGCGCUCGGAACGAACUAGUCGGUUAUUAUUUUAGAUAUCUCAAAUCACAGGGUGCACGGAAGGGAAUAAUUUAAGCGUUUCUUGGAACCUUCUGUCUGAUACAACCUACUAUUCUGCAAAUGCAGGCCAUUAAAUGCGUGGUUGUCGGCGACGGUGCCGUUGGUAAGACCUGUCUGCUCAUCAGCUACACCACCAAUGCCUUCCCUGGAGAGUAUAUCCCCACAGUGUUUGAUAACUACUCUGCCAAUGUGAUGGUGGAUGGCAAACCUGUGAACCUGGGCCUAUGGGAUACAGCCGGACAGGAGGACUAUGACCGCCUCAGACCCCUCUCCUACCCCCAGACGGAUGUGUUCUUGAUAUGUUUCUCCCUGGUGAGCCCCGCCUCCUUUGAGAAUGUCAGAGCAAAGUGGUACCCGGAGGUUAGGCAUCACUGUCCCAACACCCCCAUCAUUCUGGUGGGCACCAAGCUGGACCUGCGAGACGACAAGGACACCAUCGAACGCCUCCGGGACAAGAAGCUGGCCCCCAUCACGUACCCCCAGGGCCUGGCAAUGGCACGGGAGAUAGGUGCAGUGAAAUACCUUGAGUGCUCGGCUCUGACCCAGCGCGGCCUAAAGACGGUGUUCGAUGAGGCCAUCCGUGCCGUCCUGUGUCCUCCGCCCGUCAAAAAGCGCGGCAAGAAGUGCACCGUUUUCUGAGGGGCCGGCACAGAGCGCAGGAACAACACGCAAAAGCACAGGGGUGGUGUCGCUUCCUCAACAACAACACAAUAAUAAUUGUCAACAGUUUUCUGAGAGAAAAUCUAAUCAAACUUAAUUGGGGUACUCCUGAGACCCAGGCAAACGGAGGUGCAAUUGGUGUAAGAGUGGGUGGGAGCAAAGGGGAUUAGGUGUAAAUCUGGUCACAGUGUUUUCAAUGGCAUCAAAGAAUUCUGUCAGAAUUUGCCUUAGCCAAUUGGAGAACCAACCAUUUAAAGGGCAUUGUUACAGGAGGCCGUGAUGGCGAAAACUAGAAAUGUAAUCCAUUCAAAACAAGCAAAGUAUAAUUAGCUGUUUUCUAUCUUGAUAGGUGCAUUUUUUCUUCACAAAUGCUUAAAACACCAAUAAGAUUAAACAAUGUGAAAUGUGACAAAACCCUAUACUUUCACCCGCCUCCCCUUUGAUUUGAAAAUGUGCAUUUUGCAAAAUGUUGAUUUUGGUGGCAGUGUUGCAGUGUAGUCAUUGGCUGUUUUGCAAGUGUUAAUUAUUUUUUCAAAUUUGUGAAGGUUUGAAAGAUGUGUUGGUUUUUUCUGAAAGUCCUGUUGGUCAGCACUGGAUGAAGGUAGGUGGAGUAAGCAAAAGUCAGUCUACUGAUAAAUUACUAUGAUUACUUGAUUUUCUCUUGUUUUGUUUCCAGUUUUUAAUUGAGUUCUUACUGGAGUAAAUUACUGAUAUUUCUUAAAUGGUGCUUAUUUCAAAGAAAUAUCACAGUAGUAUGCACAGGCUACCAAUGUAACGGUCCACGCUUGUAAUAUGGAAUUUGAAGUCCUGAAGAACAAAAGCUUAGUCAACUUUAUGAUUUGCUUCUUUCUAUCUAUUUGCAAAGUAUCUUCUGCUAUCUCUCUGUCUGUUUCUUAUGCCUGUGGGAUAAAACAAAUUCAUUCUUGCAUUAAAUAACACCCUUCCCUUCUUUUUUAACAAGAUGCUCCACAAACCCCCUUGAAUGAAAGGAAAUAACUUUUGGCAACCCCUUUUCUGAAAUGCUCUGUCCUUUCAUGUACUUCUUGCCUCAGUCAAUACACACAGUGUGUACGAAAUCAGUGUAAGAGGAAGAAACAGGCUGGAAACAUGCUUUUAGGAAUUAGUAUUUGGGGGACUAGCAUGCCAAACUUAAUUCUUCUAUCCAAAAGCCUCUUUAAACUCACUGCUCGCAUGGGUGUCCAGUCUCAAGUUCUCCAUUUUGAAAUAUCUUUUUUUUAGGUUCUAUGUAUGCAUGUUGUGUGGGUGUAUGCGUGUGGGGUGUAUAUAGUUUGGCGUGUGGGGUUAUUAGAUUUUUCAGUAAUUAGCAUUAUGUUACCUGUAUUAAUAUUUUUAUUUUUUAUUAAUUCACUUGAUUUUUUGCAAAUAAUUCUUGAAACUGGUUUAGAAAGAAAAAAAUGACAAAACAUCAGUACUUUACUGCUCCCAUUUACUUGCUGCCAAAAUAAACUCCUACAUUAAAAAGUAGUGUAAGAAUCAUUUAACGUUUUAGAAGACGUAUGCAUUAAUAAAUAAAACUAUUUGUAUGUAUCUAAAGAUGUACCUUUUUUCUUAUAUUUUGAAGAAAAAAAAGUCAGACUGGAUUGAGAAUGCUCAAGUCGUGUUUGCUUUGCUGUCUGUGAAGUUUAAAAUUCAGCGAUGCGCAGUAUUUCAAUACACACCUGAAUUGCUGUAUCACGCUUCCUGGUAGAUUCAGACGUGCAAUGAAACAAUUUGUCUCCCUCUGCCUGUGAGCUAUGGGGUUGCAUUUUUCAUGGGAACACUGGAUGAUAAGCUCCGUUGGCAUGGCAACAGCAUCCAGGUGGUGCAAGGUGUGUCUGAGCAUGCUCAGGGAGAAAAGUCAGAUAUCUGUAAAAGCUUCAAAAACUGCAUGGAAACUACUUGGAACUUGUGGAUAGAGCCUAUUGUUUGUCUGAAAUCAACCAUAUCCGGGGAGAUAUUGUUGAGAUGAAUUACUUAUUCAAGAUGCGUUCUAUGUUUGUUUGUCCGAUUGUAUGUUUGUCCAUAUUUUGUAUUACUUCUCAUGUCAAAGAGUAUUGUGAGAAAUUUCAAUUUUGUAUAAUAAAUAUGAACUCAUAACUAA